UCUAAAGAGCGGAAGGGUCAUCUGAAAUCAUUUUCAAUGGCUUGCUGGGGGACGUGUGGCCUUUCAUACGCGACAGAGGUCACCGGGUGACGUGUGUCUAAACUUCAUAAGGACGACUGGAUCACAGACCGGUACCGGCACAAACCACACAGGCCUGGACAGGAGGAAGAGACCAGGGGCAGCGGCUCUCUGAUGGCGUGAUGGCUCUUGCACAUAAACUUUAAAGGAGGAGAGCCAGAGAUGUCCCGGGACAAGGUUCUGACGCUAAUGGGAUACACACUGGGCUUGACCAUAGGCGAGGGCAGCUAUUCCAAGGUCAAGCUGGCCACCACCAAGAAAUACCCCGAGCAGGUGGCCAUCAAAAUCGUGGACCGGAGGAGAGCCCCCCACGACUUCGUCUGCAAAUUCCUCCCGCGGGAGCUGGCCAUCCUGAGAGGCGUGCGCCACCCCCACAUCGUCCACGUCCACGAGUUCAUCGAGGUGUGCAGCGGCAAGCUGUACAUCGUCAUGGAGGCGGCGACCACCGACCUCCUGCAGCGCGUCCAGGAGCUCAGCUCCAUCCCCGGCCCGCUGGCCAAGGUGCUCUUCUCGCAGAUCGUCAGCGCCGUGGGCUACCUGCACGCCAACGACAUCGUGCACCGCGACCUGAAGUGCGAGAACGUGCUCCUGACCGCGGACAACCAGGUGAAGCUCACCGACUUCGGCUUCGGCCGGAAGGCGCUGGGUUACCCGGAGGUCAGCAGCACCUACUGCGGCUCGGCGGCCUACGCCCCGCCCGAGGUCCUCCUGGGCGUGCCCUACGACCCCAAGAAGUACGACGUGUGGAGCCUGGGGGUCAUCCUCUACGUCAUGGCGACCGGGUGCAUGCCCUUCGACGACUCCAACGUGAGCAAGCUGCCGCGCAUCCAGCGGAAGGCGCUCGUGUACCCGCAGGAGGUGCCCGUGGAGGCGCCCUGCCGCGCGGUCAUCGGCUCGCUGCUGCAGUUCAGCCCCUCCACGCGCCCCUCCGUGCAGCAGGUGUCGGAGGACCCCUGGCUGGGACAGCAGGGUGACCAGUAAACAUGCCGGGUGGCUGGGAGAGAGAGCCGUGUGCUGUCAGUGUUUUGAGUCCACCCAGUUCUCGGUGUUGGUACAUUUGUAGUGAUGGUUAUGGAUGCAAAUGAUCCUGUAUCCCGGAAAGCAAAUGUG